AUGCGUAUUACAAAUAUUACAAUAAUUUUAUUAAUUUUUGUACUGAUGUUUUCAAUUUUCGUUGCAAAUUUUGCAAAUAUUAUUAAUGUUGAUAUAAAUUAUACAAAUGAUAACAAUAAAAAUGCAAAUAUUAGAUCCAACUUAAAAAUGUCUCACACAGAUGAUCAUUUAAUGUGGUUUUUACAAAUAUCAGAUUUGCAUGUAAGCAUAUUUCAUGAUAUAACCAGGAUAAGUGAUUUAAAAGAUUUUUGUGAACAUACCGUUCCUGUAUUUAAUCCACCGAUAGUUAUCGCUUCGGGAGACUUAACUGAUGCCAAAGAAAGUAACAAUAUUGGAUCUCGUCAAUAUGAAAGUGAAUGGAUUGCUUAUCGAAAUGCUGUACAUAAUUGUUUUAAUAAUAAGUCUACUGUUUGGUUAGAUAUACGAGGAAAUCAUGAUAAUUUCAAUGUUUUUGGAUUGGAAUCGAAACAAAACUAUUAUGUAAAUUAUUCAAUUCAAGGCCAAAAAUAUCCACGCUCUUAUAAAUAUAAUUUAAAUUAUGCAAAAGAUAAAUAUUCGUUUAUUGGUAUUGAUGCUUGUAUCGAACCUGGACCCCGAAGGCCAUUUAACUUUGUGGGUAUUUUAAAAGAGCGUGAAUUAAAUAAUGUUAUUAAUUUAAUAGAUCAAGCACAAUAUGAAGGUGUCAAUUAUACAAUUUGGUUUGGACACUAUCCAACAUCAUGUAUUAUGGCACGUACAAAAGGUGGAAUCCGGUCGCUUCUUGGUCGAUAUACAAAAGGAUUUGUGUAUUUAUGCGGACAUUAUCAUCAAUUAGGUGGGAUUGUACCAAAUAUGUAUACGUUACAGCGUGAUGGAUUUCUUGAAUUGGAAUUGGGUGAUUGGAAAGAUAACAGGGUAUUUCGUUUGGUAGCAAUGGAUCAUGGUUUAUUAUCUUUUAUUGAUGUUAAACAUCGAGAGUGGCCAGUGAUUUUAAUAACAAAUCCCAAGCAUGCAUUAUAUGCAAUACCAUUGCGUGAGGACUCGAAUGUUAUUCUCGAAUCGACUCAUGUCAGAAUACUUGUAUUUUCAUCUGCAAAAAUUACUCAAGUUAAAUUUAAAAUCAAUAGUGAAGAUUGGACAGAGUGUACUAAUUCAAAAGGGCCUUUAUACGUCGCACCAUGGAAUCCGCAUAAUUAUGAAAUUGGUUUAAACAAAAUAUCGGUAUUUGCCAAAGAUGAAUUUGGCCGUGAAAAUUUAAUCGUUCAACCUUUUUCAUUGGAUGGGACCAGACUGAGUUUUGGGAUUUUAUCACGAUUUGUAUUAAUGGCAAAUGUUAGCCAAAUUUUUCAGGGUAUGUUUGGAGUAAUGCUUGUUAUUUGUGUCGUUCCAUUAUGUGUUUUAAAAUAUUUUAAUUAUCAAUUUCAUGCGGGUAAAAUCAUUAUACCUAGAUCUCGAUUUGGCGUAUCAAUAAUCAGAAAAUUAUGGAUAUUAUCAACAGUUGAUCGAUUAUUUUAUCCGAUAAUGUUAUAUACAUUGUAUAUUGGUGUUGGACCAUGGUCCGUAGGAUAUAUUAUUGAUGAUAAUUUAGGUGUAAUAUUCGCAUGGGGAAUUUUUAUAAAUGGUGCAUUCUUACCAGGAUCAUUUACAUACGCUUAUGGUUUUCUACAAUUAUUUACAUUUCAUUUACCAAUGAUUUUUUUGCUGGCAAAUAUCUGUGAUAUUAAAUUACACAUUUAUGCGGGCAAAAUAAGUAAUACAAAAAUUCGUAAAUUUGUUCAACAUAUACCAUUUCUUAUUGUUUUAUCCCUACAAAUGUUAUUUGCAUACUUUUUUUGGUUAGCCUAUGGCACAAUGGCAUUUUUAAUUGGCCCACUUCGUACAUGGUCCAUUGUUCUGGCAAUAUGGCUUUGGUUACAAGCUAUAAGAUUGCCUGAAAAGUGUAUGAGAGAUGCUCUCAAAGUUUGGUGUCCUGGAAGUACGGAAAUAUCAUCUCAAGGAGAUGUAAAUAGUCAUCGAUCCAAUUAAAAUAUUAUGUUCCUGCCUUCCCACCUCUUACCCAUCAUCAUAUAUCUGUUAAAGUAAUCUACAACAAAUAUUAAACAUAAAAAUUUAAAUGAUCA